AUGAACAAGCACCGCGAAUGUCAAUACCAGGCCGUAGACAAGCGAAAGCUCCCACUCCGUGUUGCUAUAGAGCUUCUAUCAAGCAGAGUUGAGCAGCUCUGUCUCUAUAUCCGUGAAAGUGGAUUGGAGGUCCCGCCUAUGCCGCAAGAAAGGGACACAGCGUUGGCUAACGUCCUUGAUCUUCUUGGCUUGACUGAAGUUCAUUCAGCCGCAAGAAACAAUCACGCUACCAGCAAAUCCUCUAACCCCAAGUCCCCAUCCGCAAGCGAUGAUCUGCCUUUUGAUGCACCCCCUUCUGUGCCAUUCUCCGCUCCUGGUAUAACAAAUGAUUCAAAGAGCACUUUGGCUCAGACACCAACAGCUCCGGGAAACACAUCGCAAAUAUUUCAACCGAGUUUCACAAUGUUUUCGGACCCUCAUGCCGUGUCGACACUGCCCAUGGUCCUUGAUACUGAAGAUCUGGAUAUCUCCCUUGCAGAACAAUAUCCACCCGCAGAUGAUCACUCGGAUAAUUCAUUGACCAACUGGGACUGGACUUUAGAUUUUGAGACAUGCAUUACACCACCAUCUCCAGAAAUUCAAGGCAUUGACACAGAACCACUACAGCCGCCAGUGGAGCAAUUGGAGAGGCAGGCAGAGCCUUUUGAGCCUGCCGUCGUUCAAACCCCGCUCAGCCUCGACAAUGAUACCAGGAGCACGGAAGAAAUUGAAGAUCUUAUUGACGAGCUUUCUGAUCGCAUGGGCACAUUGCGCUUUGGGCCUGGAGGGAAAGCUCGCUUCUAUGGCCCUACAUCGACCUUCAACCUUGCCGAUGCCCCAGUAUCCAUCAACAGUCAGACACAUCGGGCGGUCAAUUAUCUCGACGACGCAGACUACGACAGACAAGUCCCAUUAUCUCUCGAGGAGCAUCUUCUUAAUCUAUAUUUUACCUGGCAAGAUCCAUCGUUCCACGUCGUCGACCGAGAAAUGUUCGAGAAAGGCAAGAUAGCCUGGGAUGGGAAAGAAGAGACCCCGUUCUAUUCCGAGGCACUCUGCUAUGCAAUGUGCUCUCUUGGUGCUGCUUUUGAAACCCGUUAUCAUCCAUCCUUUGUGACAUACCCGAAAUCACUCGGUGAAUUCUUCGGGGACCGUGCAAAAGAGCUUCUUGAAAUUGAACUAGACUCUCCAUGCGUGUCAACAGUCCAAGCAUUAGUUAUCCUUAGCAGCCAUGAAAUUGGGGUGGGCUCAGAUACACGUGGGUGGCUCUACAGUGGGAUGGCUCUUCGACUUGCUUUUGAUCUUGCCCUGCACAUUGACCUGUCUACAUAUGUUGCUCGUGGGUCCGUUACCGCUGCCGACGCUGAGCUGCGUCGAACCGUCUUUUGGGCUGCGUAUAUGGUGGAUCAUCUUGUCGGCUUCUACCUUGGUAGACCUUUUUACACCAACAUGGAGGAUGUUACGGUCAAAAAGCCGAACAAUGACGUCCAGUAUCGAAAACCUUGCAAAUGGACGCCCUACGCUUCUCCCAUUCCAUUUGAACAUGAUUCGGAAUUAUUUGACUACGUUGGGGCUGUCAGUCAACAGGAAGUCUCAUUAUGUGAGCUUAUGGCGCCCUGUGGCUACUUUCUGUAUGGAACAUCAGUUAUUCCAAGAGCCUUGCUCCAGCAGCUCAAUGAGAAUAAUGUUGCCAAGCUUCUCAAUUGGAAAGCUCAGUUGCCCUCAAUUUUACAAAUUAACCUCAACGAUCAUACGUCUCCUUAUCUUCCGCAUGUGUUGCUACUUCACAUGCAAUAUUACCAAAAUCUCAUCUACACCCAUCGACCAUGGAUGUCAAAAGGCUACCUGCAACCACAGCCCCCGAAGGGACCUGGCUCCACCCACGCUCGAGAGAUGUGCAUCAAUUCCGCCGUUUCCAUUGCCAAGAUCCUUAUAUUGUAUGAGACCAGAUAUACUCUCCGCCGCAUAAACAUCAAAGCAGUGUCGAUCACCUCCUCCGCCGUACUCCUACUUCUCUUCGCCGCCGUUUCCCAAUACCAAACCGAAGGAGGAGAGAAUAUCAUCGCCCAUUUGAGUACCUGUUUCAGGGCCCUCGAAGAGUUCUCCCUAUCUUGGCAGAGUGCUAAUCGCGCUAAAGACCUUCUGGUUAGACUACAGCAUAAAUGGGAGGUUCGCACACGUGCUACCAAGCCGGACCGCGGGCCUGAUGGGGCCGGAUACCCACCAAGAAAACGAUCACGAACACUUAAUGGGUCUGACGCCAUGAUCCCUAAUCAUAGGAGGCUUAUAAAUACACAGCCUGAGACGCCCUGGCAUGAUGUCCAAUUGGAGUCUGGGCUAGGCUGGAUGCUUAUGCUCAGCGGUCAGCUUGUGUCAAAUGGGGAUGAAGAUAUCUAUUCAUUCGUCGGGAAUACGGUCAUCCCCGAAUAA